UUAGUACGAACCGAGUUACACAAGAAACUCUCAGAAGUAAACAAGAGUUGAGUGACUCUAGUCCUUCAUUUCUAGGUCUCCGUUGGCGGAUUGACUAUCUUCAUUCCUAUACCCAAGACUCUGUGCCUUCAAGGAUGUCCAACUCACCAAUUGAUACAAAUUGUAUGACUCUGACUAGAUUUGUUCUUGCUGAACAGAGACGUAUCCCAGGUGCAUCAGGAGAUUUAUCACAGUUGCUUAAUUCAUUGCAAUCUGCCAUUAAAGCUGUUAGUUCUGCAGUUCGCAGAGCAGGAAUUGCUAAUUUGUAUGGUAUUGCUGGCCAAGUCAAUGUUCAAGGAGAAGAAGUAAAGAAACUUGAUGUUCUAGCAAAUGAAUUGUUCAUCAACUUAUUGAGAAGUUCUUUUACCACAUGUUUACUUGUUUCUGAAGAAGAUGAAACUGUUAUUGAGGUAGAAACAGAGAAACAAGGAAAGUAUAUAGUCUGCUUUGAUCCUUUGGAUGGAUCUUCAAACAUAGAUUGCCUUGUUUCUAUUGGAUCCAUUUUUUCAAUUUUCAAGAAAACCACAGAAGGUGUUCCAUCAGUUAAAGAUGUUUUGCAACCUGGAAGGCAGUGUGUAGCUGCUGGCUAUUCUCUAUAUGGUAGUGCCACAAUGAUGGUCUUAUCAACUGGUAAUGGGGUUAAUGGAUUCCUUCUGGACCCAGCAAUUGGAGAAUUUGUGCUCACUGACCCUGAUAUGAAAGUGAAACCUAGAGGCAAGAUCUACUCAAUCAAUGAGGGUUAUACAAAUAACUGGGACAAAGCUAUUCAAGAAUAUGUUGCAUCAAAGAAAGAGGGACCAAAGCCGUAUGGAGCUCGUUAUGUCGGUUCGAUGGUCGCCGAUGUUCACCGCACCCUCAAGUAUGGCGGAAUAUUCAUGUACCCUGCCACCACAGAUGCUCCACGAGGAAAACUCCGUCUGUUGUACGAAAGCAUCCCAAUGGCCUUCAUCAUGGAGCAGGCAGGCGGCGCAGCAACCACAGGAUCUAUCCCAAUUCUAGAUAUUCAACCAGAAAAAAUUCACGAACGCUGUCCAGUUAUUUUGGGCUCAAAGGACGAUGUUCAAGACGUACUCGAUAUCAUCAAGCGUCAUGCUGACCAAUUGUGAAAAUGCAAUGAAACUUUAGUAACCACUAGAAACACUUCAUUUCUCAAGCGGGACCAAAACGACGAAGCCUUUUUGAUACGGUUUUCACAGUUUAUUCGCAGUUGAUUCCAUCUCAAUCAAAAUAGCUAAGAUACUGUUUCUAUCUUCUAUCAUUAAUCAGUUAU